CAGGCCUCGACCUUCAACAGACCCCGGCUUUCAAAACGGCAGGGAUUCCCCCUUCAAUCCUCCCCCCUUUCUGCACAACUCCGGCUCGACGUCGCCCGUCGUUACCUGCAAGCCGCCCGCGCGAAUCUGCAAAGCCCGGAUUACCAGCAAAUACCCUACCAAUUGUGCGCCACGGCCGCGCCGCGGGAAGCCGUCAAGAUGGACAACCAGGGCAACCGUCUCUACCUCAACUUCGGCAACAACAACGAGCGACUGGCUGCCAACGACCGCACAUAUCCCACCACGCCCUCGACCUUUCCCCAGCCCGUCUUCCAAGGGGGCCAGGCCGCUCCCCAGGGAGGCGGCGCCCAGCAGCCCCAGGCAUACCACCAGCAGGGAGGCUACGCGUCGGCGGGAUACUUCCCGCCCAACAGCCAGAUCCAGUACGGCGGCUCCCAGUAUCCCUCGCAGCUCGGUGCCCAGGCUGCCGACUACAGCUCUGCCGGCCAGGGCUACGGUCAGGCCCGGUCGACGACACCCGGCGCCAACAGCAAUGAUCCCAACACGGGGCUCGCCAACCAGUUCUCUCACCAGAACCUAGGGGACGCUGGCCGCUCAUCCCCCUACGGAGGCCGUGGCCCGUCCUCCGGUCAGCGGCCCAGAACGGCCGACUCCCGCGGACAGCAGCCCGGCCACGGCAGCUACGCCAAUGCGCCGCCGAUGCCGACCCAGGGGGCUCAGCCCGGCUACUUCGCCCCCGCUCCGGAGCGGAAUCCGGACAAGUACGGCUCCAACGCCAACCACAACCAGAAGAAGUGCUCCCAGCUUGCCUCGGAUUUCUUUAAGGACAGUGUCAAGAGGGCUCGCGAGCGCAACCAGAGGCAGAGUGAGAUGGAGCAGAAGCUGGCCGAAACCACCGACCCUCGCCGCCGGGAAUCGAUUUGGGCUACGGCAGGCCGCAAGGAAGGCUCCUAUCUGCGUUUCCUGCGGACCAAGGACAAGCCGGAAAACUACAAUACCAUCAAGAUCAUUGGCAAGGGCGCCUUUGGCGAGGUGAAGCUCGUGCAGAAGAAGACGGAUGGCAAGGUCUACGCCAUGAAAUCGCUCAUCAAGACCGAAAUGUUCAAGAAGGACCAGCUGGCCCACGUCCGCGCAGAGCGCGACAUUCUUGCCGAGUCCGACAGUCCUUGGGUGGUCAAGCUGUACACGACCUUCCAGGACGCAAACUUCUUGUACAUGUUGAUGGAGUUCUUGCCCGGUGGAGAUCUCAUGACCAUGUUGAUCAAGUACGAGAUCUUUUCCGAGGACAUCACCCGGUUCUAUAUCGCCGAGAUCGUCUUAGCUAUCGAGGCAGUUCACAAGCUGGGUUUCAUUCACAGAGAUAUCAAGCCCGACAACAUCCUCCUUGACCGGGGUGGCCACGUCAAGCUGACGGAUUUCGGUCUCUCGACCGGCUUCCACAAGCUGCAUGACAACAACUACUAUCAGCAACUCCUCCAGGGGAAGUCGAGCAAGCCGCGCGACAACCGGAACUCGAUUGCCAUUGACCAGAUUAAUCUGACGGUCAGCAACCGGUCCCAAAUCAACGAUUGGAGACGGUCGAGGCGACUGAUGGCAUACUCAACUGUCGGCACGCCCGAUUAUAUCGCGCCCGAGAUCUUCACGGGGCACGGCUAUUCGUUCGAUUGUGACUGGUGGUCCCUGGGCACCAUCAUGUUCGAGUGCCUGGUUGGGUGGCCGCCUUUCUGCGCCGAGGACAGCCACGAUACAUAUCGCAAGAUUGUCAACUGGCGGCAGUCGCUCUACUUCCCGGACGACAUUCAGCUCGGCGUGGAAGCAGAGAACCUGAUCCGGAGCUUGAUCUGCAAUUCCGAGAACCGUCUCGGUCGCGGUGGCGCGCACGAAAUCAAGAACCACGCCUUCUUCCGGGGCGUCGAGUUCGACAGCUUGAGGCGCAUCAGAGCCCCCUUCGAGCCACGCCUGACGUCCAACAUCGAUACCACCUACUUCCCGACCGACGAGAUUGACCAGACGGACAACGCCACCCUGCUCAAGGCCGCCCAGGCCCGCAAUGGCAAUAUGUCUCAGCAGGAGGAGAGUCCCGAGAUGAGCCUGCCGUUCAUCGGGUACACGUUCAAGCGGUUUGACAAUAACUUCCGAUAAUUGCUUUUUGCCAUCGGCUUCUAGACUUGAUUGCUAGCGAAGGGAAACCCAAGUGUAAGUGAGUGCUGAGGCUAGGUUGC